AGGGUCACAUGACACCCUCCUUACAGUAAGCCCAAUAUGGCAGAAGCGGCAGGUCUUGCGCGGUAACUAAAGCAACAUUUCAACGUAACAACAGAAACACUUACAAUUCAAACACUACCCUGCUCAAGACUGCAGCGAUGAGGGAGAGACAGAAGAGAAAGAAGGGGAGGACGUGGGCAGAAGCAGCCAAAACGGUAUUGGAGAAAUACCCCAACACGCCCAUGAGCCAUAAAGAGAUCUUGCAGGUCAUUCAAAGGGAGAGGCUUAAAGAAAUUAGAAGCGGGACCUCCCCCCUGGCAUGCCUGAAUGCAAUGCUCCACACUAACUCUCGCGGGGAGGAGGGCAUCUUCUACAAGGUUCCUGGGAGAAUGGGAGUCUACACACUAAAGAAGGACAUCUCCGAUGUGGCUAAAGAGCUGUCCGAGGAGGGGUCUGACGAGAGCAGUGACGAUCUGUCAGACUCCCAGAGCACCGAGAACAACCACAGCAGCAGCAACAACCAGGAAGGCAGGAGACGAGGGUGGAGGAGACGAGUGCCCUCCAAGCUGCAGUCCCAGCCGUCGUCGCCACAGCCUCGCUGCUCGUCGCCCUCGGUCACCAGCGGCAAGCUCAUCUCCCCCUCGCAGAAACACAGCAAGAAGGCUCUGAAACAGGCCUUGAGGCAGCAGAGGAGCCAGCGGCGGCCGGGAGGAAUGCCCGCCUCCUCCAGCCCCAGGCUGACGCUGAAGACCGUCAAAGACAUGGCGGACGCCACGACCGCCAAGAACGCAGCGUGGGAGCCCAAGCAGGCGGAGGGCAGUCCGGACAGUCCCCAGAACUCCACGUCCAGCUCCUCGUCCUCGGUCAGAGCGGAGGCGUGUCACUCGGCCGGAGCCAGGAACAUGUCCCAGAGGUCGAGCAGGCUGAGCGCACGUCAACUCAAACGUACCAGGUGUGCAGAGAUCGACGUGGAGACGCCAGACUCCAUCCUGGUCAACACCAACCUCCGGGCCCUCCUCAACAAGCACACGUUCUCCGUGCUGCCCGCAGACUGCCAGCAGAAGCUGCUUCUGAUGCUCCCUCGGGUGGACCAGCAGGCUUGCAUGGACGGCCACCUGCUGAAGGUCACCAGCUCAGCCUUGAACAACGAGUUCUUCACCUCCGCAGCCCAGUCCUGGAAGGAGAGACUGGCAGAAGGUGAGUUUGCCCCAGAGCUGCAGCUCAGGAUGCGACAGGAGAUUGAGAAGGAGAAGAAGGUGGAGCACUGGAAGGAGAGAUUCUUUGAGAGCUACUAUGGUGAAAAUUCUGGCCUCAGCUAUGAGGAGUCUAAGGAGCUUACCGAGGCUGAUGGGACACCUCCCGACCCAGCCAGGCCCCGCCCUCCCGACCCAGCCAGGCCGCGGUCUCCUCCCCAGCCCAGCCCCGCGGUCCAAGCACCAGACGUCCCCAAGGCCUCCAAGAACAGCAGCCAGGCCGAGACUGAAACCAGGAAGCUGAGAUCAUCGCCGCCGUCUGUGGAGCCUCCUAAGCCUACUGAGGCGAAGCAGGUCCCACCAAAGGUAGUGGAGAAGACUCGGCCAGCGUUCAACAUUGAGAAGAUCCAGACCAGAGCUUCAACCAGGCACGCGGUGAUGGAAGCGGCUCCCCCUCGAAGACGGGGUGGGGAGGAGGGCAUGGAGGUGACCCCGUCUGACAAGGAACCGGUUAAGAAGGAGAAGCCUCAGCUGCCCCCAUCCCCUACGAAGCAGAACCUUCUAGAAGGCCGCCCCCAGAAGCACCGGCCGGCGUUUGUGAAACAGCCCAGUGUAAAUGAGGAGGACGGCGCCCCUGUCCACUCCUCCCCUGUCCACUCCUCCCCUGUCCUGGCUUCCUCUAUCCUGGCCUCCCCUGUCCUGGCCUCCUCUGUCCUGGCCUCUCCAGUCCCAGCCUCUCCUGUCCUGGCCUCUCCAGUCCCAGCCUCUCCUGUCCUAGCCUCCUCUGUCUUGGCCUCCCCUUUGCCUGCCUCUCCUGUCCUAGCAUCCUCUUUGCCUGCCUCUCCUGUCCUGGCCUCUCCAGUCCCAGCCUUUCCUGUCCUGGCCUCUCCUAUCCCGGCGUCCCCUUUGCCUGCCUCUCCAGUCCCAGCCUGUCCUGUCCUGGCCGCUCCUUUCCCGCCCGCCCCGUGUCCUGAGGCCCUGAAGAGGAAGUCCUCCAGUGAGCAGGAGCUGGAGCUGACCCUGGAGAAAAAGGCUCGAGUCACGCCACUGUCUCCGUCCACCCAGAACUCUCCUGACCCUGCAGUAGCUGAAGCACAUAGAGUGCCUCCGCUGAAGAUUUCCGUGUCUCGAAUCGUCUCUGACCCUCUAUCGCUGAGCCAGGUGUCCCCCCACGCCCCUCCCCCUGCCUCCCUCAGCAGCCCUGGCCGCACGGGCGCACGCACCCUGGCCGACAUCAAGGCGAAAGCCCAGCUGGCCCGGGCCCUGCGUGCCGCCGCCGCCGCAUCCGUCUCCUCCUCCUCCACAGGAGCCGUGCCGGGGCCGGGGCCAGGAGGGGGUGGCGGAGAGCAGAGAGCACCCCCGACCCCUACCGCCUCCCCUGGACCCCCACGCCCCCACAGCCCAGCGCCGGCACAGCCGUCAUCCAGGCCGGCGCCCGGCAGCGGUGUCCCCAGCUCGCCGUCUGUGGCAUCGUCCUGCCCCUCGGGGUACUUGGAGCCCCGUUCCUCUCAGACACGGAACACUAGCAGAGCCGUCCUCCCUAGAGAUGGCCCACAGAGAGGGCCCUCGGAGAACAACGCCGGCUCCGGUUCGGCCCAGAACCUUCUCAAGGCUCCCAACCCUCCUGCGGCCCAGUCCGUCUCUACCUCUGGAGGCUGCUCAACCAGGUCCACUUUGUUCAUCCCGGCCAACAACCCUCUGGUCACACAGCUCCUCCAGGGGAAGGAGGUCCCCAUAGAGAAGAUCCUCCCGAAGCCGCUGGCCAAGACGGAAGCCAAGAUGGCCGCCACCCCUUCCUCUGGAGAGAAAGGGAAAAUGAUGCCGGUUACCACCGGCACCAGAAGUGGUGGCCGGUACCUCACCCCUGGGGAGGACGUCAGUAAGGCCGACCCUCCACUCUCCGGCCAGUCAGGUGUUCCAGGAAGAUCCGGUUCUUUCUCCGAGUUCACUCGUCAGCAGAGGGAAACGCCUGACAAGGAGACCCAGGAGCAGAUCGUCCAGACCCUGAUGCAGAAGGCCCAGCACGGCCAGCCUUACAGGGGCAUGGGCCCCCAGCCCCCCACGGGCCCCCGGCCCCCCCGGUACUCUUCCCUCCACCUGGGCCCGUCCGAUGAGUCCCAGGACCGGCCCCGGUUCUGCGUGGGGUUCCUGGGUCGGAAACGGACGGCCAGGCCUGCCAUGACGGGACACUACCUCCUCAAUGUGUCCACCUACGGCAGAGGGUCCGAGAGCAGCAGGAGGCCUCUUUUGUCUCCCACAGUGACCCUGUCGCUGGCAACCCUGAAGAGGGAGCGCCCCGAGGAGACGGCCGGAGACGAGCCGGUCGGGAAGAACCGUCCCGGAGUGAAGUCGGAGCAGCAGGGGCGUUUGGAGGCUCCGGCCAUCCAGCUCCGCUCCAGGGUCAAGUCUGAGUCUCCGCCCGCCUCGGGCCGUCCGGCGGAUGGGUCUGACGACGGGGGCGUGUCGGGGAACAACGGCACCUCGCCCAGAGCCAAAGAAACCAGCCCCAUCGCUCAGUCAGCCCGGAGGCCCCUGGACCUCUGCAAGCAGGGAAAUCCCGAGCCAUUUCACGCCGCCGGGGCCCCGGAGCCCAGGCCCCAGCGCCCGCCGGCUGCCUUUCCACCCCCGAGAACGCCAGACAACCAGGAGGCGGUGGGCUCGUGCUACGGAGGCACCCUCAACGUGUCCGUACCCCAGGCCCUCCAGGACGCCGCCAGCCCCGGCUCCUCCCCCUCGGUGGCGGGGGACGGCGGGGGCGCCACGGGCGGCGUCAUGUCUUUCUCGGUGACGGUCACCACCAUACCAGCCGGCCACCCCUUGGACCCCGGCGGCCAGAGGGAGGCUUCUCCGGAGCAGGGCUUCAUGGAGGGCCCCGGGAUGGAGAACGUCCAGUCGAAAUGUUACUGCCGCCUCAAGGCCAUGAUCAUCUGUAAAGGAUGUGGGGCCUUCUGCCACGAUGAUUGCAUCGGCCCUUCCAAACUCUGCGUCUCCUGUUUAGUGGUACGGUAAAAUGAAGAAAGGAACAGAUUGACAGAUGGAUGUCGUGUUUCCGAAUUUCACCUUUCAAUGCACCAAGGCACAACCUGCCCCAAUCAGGCCAUUCACCGUCAAUAAGAACCUGUUGCCUUGGUGACGCACAGCCGCCAUAACGUAUAACCUACAACACUGGAUGAUAUUAUUUUGCCUCUCCUAUCUGAGAGAGAGAAUGAACGACAGUUGUUUAUUGCAAUGUAUGGUAGUCAUUUUGAGCAGCACAGUCUUUUUCAGAAUUUCAUUUGGCAAUAUUUGCACUUGGGUAGGCUUAUCGUGCUACAGUAUAUAUUUUUUUAAAGAUAGUGUAGAUUCUUUUUUAAAGGACGAGAAACAAAUAUGGAAUGUUAUUUUUAUAGGACAUAACGACAAUGUUGUUAUGUGUAGACUGCCCCCUGGUCUCUGUGGUGUAGUGAGGAGUCUGUGAUAAUCAUUUGUUUCACAUCACAUUUGUAAUGUGUGCGUGUAAGUGUCAGAAGAUUUCUACGAUUUGAGUCGACCGUUUUGUAAAUCACCGUUUUACUCAAUAUAUUCUAAUAGAAUAGAGACAUCUCUAUUUUUCCAAUAAGAAACAACCGGUUUUUAUAUGGAUUGCACAUGGCCUCGUUUGUACUCUAGAGUUUCAGGGCAAAGCACUGGACAGGCCCUCGCGCGUACAUAACGGGUAGUACCGUGGUGUGGAGCACUUACGCACGGUGAGAGAGAACAGGGCCACGUUCCACGUCCUACCUCCACCAGCUCUUCAGCUUUCUGAACUCAGACGGUUCAGUAAAGUUCCCCCUGAUGUGUGUUCCCCUCAUGGCUCAAAGACACGCAGAGAACAUUUGAACUUUUUUUGACAUAUACAUAUAUAUAUCUAUUUCUGCCUUGUAAAUACGUGGGCAAAUCUCGGAGCUAGAUAUGUGUUCAUUCUCUAGCUUGGUGUGUGUACUUUGCUUGAGCAUAUCCAACUGUUUUGUUACAAAAGGGUUUAUACUUUACCCCAGAGGGAGGGGGGACAACAACAAAAAUGUUAAGUUGUGUUGAAACGCUAAGUGCUGGGCCGUCAUGGAAUCCUUCAGGAUGACAUGCUUCGGUUGACUGUGUGAGAGAGAGGUACAAUUGAGCACACAUACCGGACAUUAAAGCAGUGGCUCUCAGACGGCGUGUGGGGGUUGAGGGGGACGUGUAAGGACGGAACAUAUACAGUUAAAGGAAGAGGAUACAAAUACCAUGUUUCUUUGUUUUCAAAGGUGUGGUGCUGACCCUGACUGAAAUCGUUAGCGAACCACUGCAUUUAAGCACGAUGGUAUGAAUGUGCAUGGUGAUUACAGUUCUAAGAUAGAAAACAGGAUCUUAUUUUGUCAUUGACAUUUUAAAUGGUUACCAAGAAUGUUUUAUAGAAACUAUUUCCAUGGUAAUAUGCCAAAGUCACCUCAUGGAAACUAAAUGAUCAGGACUUGUUUUUCAUGUCUGACAAGUUAAAUAAAGUAAUAUAUUUUAAGUAAUAUAUUUUAAUAUAAAAAUCUAUUUGCAAAUCAUUUUAAAAAACAACAACAGGGUAUGUACUAGAAUAAUAUAUUGGAUGUCCCCUUUUUCUAUGCGUUGAAGUGGGCAGAUCUUUUGUAAGGAAUAGCUUUAAUCAUGACUGAAGUCCCCAGAUUGAUGUUACUCAAUGAACCCUGAGUUGAAUUUGUAUGGGCCUGUGUGUCACUUUCCACAUCCGAUCUGUAUGCUCUUAUAAUAACUUAUGAGUGACAUUCGGGUCUCAACUGUUGUAAUGAUUGAGUGUGCUCAUUUGGAGGGAAUGCCUGAUAAGUUUAACAGUUUGUAGGCACUGUUUGUAAGUGGCCAGUGGAUCAAAUUCAGGUUGUGAGUGAGCGAGAGAGUGAGAAUGAGAGAGUGAAUGAGUGAGAGAGAGAGAGAGUCAGAAUGAGAGAGAGAGAGAGCGAGAGCAAGUGAUAGAGAGUGAGAUAGUGAGAGUGACAUCGUGAGUGAGUGUGAAUGAGAGAGUGAGAAAGUGACUGAAUAGCAUCGAGAGAUCUACGUUCGCCCACAUCUUUUAAAAGGCAGCUGACAACUAGUUAGGUUGUAAAGGGUUGAAAAGGGACUUAGCACUCCCAUAUGUUGUUGGUGUUGUUGUAUUUGUUUAACCAUGAUCGGCUGAUGAUUUGUGUGUACGUGUAGAGGAGUGACCCAUGACAAAGUUGAUCUUCGGCGUCUUGAUGAAAUGUAUUGGGCGUCAGGAGCAAUCAAAUGUGGUCUUAGAACGUCAUCGUGUCCCUAUCACAAGGGUGUACAUCUGUCUGUGUCAUUUCUGCUUGUCUGUCAUUUCCGUCUUUAGAAAGUAUAUCUUCAUUUAAAAUGCAGGUGAAUGUAAUAUAGUCAUCAGCACUUGUAAACAAAAUGUAUUUUAUCAAAAGUUAUAUUAUAAUUAAAAUAACAAUGAGCAAACACUGA